AUGCCCGACCUCCUUUUCUUUUGUCUCUCCGACGGAGAACCCAUGUCGAACGCGUUUCCAGUCUCGAUACCAUCUACGAACGCCAUCGGUAACCUCAAGGAGCUCAUCAAGGCCAAGAAGACGCCAAAAUUUGACGACCUCGCAGCAGAUGAGCUCACGCUCUGGCGUGUCUCGGUUCGAAUCACGGACGACGAUGAACUUCCCAUCGUACUCAGCACCCUGAAGGAGAAUGAGAAGAAGAAACUCUGCCCAACGACUCGUCUCCCCAAGGUCUUCACAGAAGAGCCACCUGAAGAAGCAAUCCACAUCAUUGCGCAGCGACCAUCACCAGUUCAAUAUACAGAUCUUAUAUCAGAGUACCAGUUCGUGCAACGUGCUUUCGAACCUGUCACCGACAUACACCAAAGGGUGCAUGGAAUGAUGACCGACACGACUCGUACAUACUCGUUGACCCCUACGUUAGUUGCCGUGUGGGAUGGCUUUUUAACCCUGGUGUGCCAAAUGCAACUUAAGACUGAGCCAAUCCAUCCACGUCCAAGCUUUCUACCGGUCAGGACGUUUGUGACCGAGCCAAAUCUGCAUGCCGCCUUCCAAUGCGAUGUCGGCUCCGUCCAAAGCUUGCCCCCCUUUGCAAACACUCUCAGCUCCACUGGCCUGCGAUAUAGUGUUCCCGAUCUGGUAUGCUCACGCCAGAAUGACCCCGCCUCGAUAUUGUUUCUGAUCGAAAUGAAAAUGCCCUCCUAUCUGUAUUUGGAUGACGGCACCGGUUAUUCAACCGCUUAUAAGGCACAAGAAUCACGGACACAAGGCCCGGCUGGUGCGCUAAGGCAGAUAUUCGGAUACAUGCGGUUCAACGGGUUUCACUAUGGCGUACUGUCUACCUACAUCCAGACUUGGUUUAUCAAGAGAGUCAAGGAGCGUGAGAACCACAUCCUAGUCUCGCCUACAAUCCAAUACGACAGCACGGAGCCAACACUACUUCAAUGUUACUUGUGGUUGAUCAGAAUGGCAGACAAGGAGGUUAAAUGGCAGCCGGUCAUUCCCGAUAGUCCUACGGUUGACAACAUGCUCGCAAACGAACGGCUUGAAGACGAGAUUGAGGAACGUGAUCCUGACUGGAGGCAAAGCCCUGGCGUAAGCGUUGAACCAGGAACGAAGAGACCUCGUACGCGAAGCAUUGCCAAUGAACAGGCAGGGGUCACGGAACGAGAGCUUACCAAUACCCCUGCCUUCGAAAACAUGGAGCUUAUCGCUCAAGGUGAAGGUGCCCGUACGUUCCGGGCGUCAUGGCCAAACGGGGAUGUUGUGUUUAAGAAAGCCGACAGGUGGAAUCAGCAAGAGGUUGUUCGCGAGUUGGAGCAUGAGGCAAGGGUUUACCAGGUUCUGCAGAAGCUGCAAGGGCAAUGGAUACCCAAGUUGAAGAUAGCCGGAAUAGCAGAUGAACUGGAGAUGAUUCUGGUCACGGAAUUUAUAGGACCUGACCUCUGCGAAGGACGCUUGGAUUUAUCUGAUCGGAAAAAGAUACGGGCGGCACUGUCAGCAAUCCACAGGCUAGGUAUCCUGCAUGGUGAUAUUCGACCGCACAACAUUGUGGCACGGCGCGAUGGUGGAAACUCGCAGUUUUUUUUCAUCGACUUUGGACGUUCGGUAUUCACAAGAGAGAAAAAAUUUCUGAAGCACGAGGCGAAAGAGUUGGAAUCGCUGCUUGGCACAAUGCCUUGGCCAGAAGCAUUGCGUCCCGAGAUAGGAGAAACCCCACCGCUCUGA